AUGCCCCGACCCUCGACACGUGCGAGCGGCCUAAGAGCCUUCACUCAUGCGAGCCAAGCGCCCACGAAGGCGAGCCACUAUGGCCAAACUCGCACCUUUCGCUUCCGCGCGUGGUCGACCUAUCUGGAUCCCGAAUUCCAGCGUCAAUUACGACAGCGCCAGCGUCAAGUCAGCUACAAAUACAUGGAGUCAAUAAACCGGAAACUGUCAUGGGAUCCGAGUUCGCGUGCCGAGGACUCAAGAAUAGUGCUGAAGAACAUGAUGGCGCAGUGCUGGAUCAGACACGGCCAUACCCACUCGAAAGGAACAAAUGUGAAAGACAAAGUGAACUCGGACGACGUCCCAGGAACCCGUCCCGGCCAGAACAUUGAAGACGUCGAGCGCGGCGCCAUCAACGCCCUCUUCUCCUCGAAGCGCACUGGGUCCUACGAGUACGAUCUUUGGCAGUCGCCUCUACAAAACAUCCGCAACUACCUCGGCAGUCAAGUCCGGGCCAAGUCAACCACCUCCGCCAGCAGGGACGCAGGCGUCGAAAUCGACCCCAUUACCAACAAGAGGGUCCAGUCGGAUAGUCCCAAUGCAGUCCACGAACCUUUUUACGAGGACGGGCCACCUCCUGCCGAAGAGCUAAAGCAGUACGGCCAGGUCCCGCUCGAUGGCACCCCGUGGGCCGAGAGUGGAGAUGCGGGGACCCCGCAGUAUGCGGAUCUGGACAAGUACACUCCAGUCAUGGACAAGACGCUCGAUGCCAAACAGCUCCAGCAAGAAGUUUCAGAAGAGCCAAAGUACGACGACUUGGAGAAGUACAAGCCUGUGGGUCUUGAGGACUUCAUCGAAGACGCCAAACCCGCGCCCGAGUCCAAAUACGACGAUCUCCACAAGUAUGCCAACCCAUCGCUCACCGAGGGUACGCCCGAGGAACUUUCUCAGCCGGCAUACGAAGACCUAGACAAGUAUCGACCCGUGAUGCACAACGAAGAUGCUCAGAUUCAAGGGGCGGUCGAGACGUAUGACGAUCUGAACAAAUACGGCCCGGUCAUGCACAAUGAGGGCAGCGACGCAGCCGUUGAGGAGAAGACUGCCUAUGAUGAUCUUCACAAGUAUGGCCCGAGUGGUUUCAACGAGCCUGAGGGCGCGCGUCCUCUUACCGAGGAAGAGAGGUCAAAGGAUUAUGAUGAUCUCCACAAAUACGGCCCUGUAGGCUACAACGAGCCUUUUGGGAAGGCCCCAAUUCAUCCUGAAGAAGCAUCCAAGGCGUACCCAGAUCUCGAUCAGUACGGCCCGAUGGCUUAUAAUGAGCCGCAUGGUCAGGCACCGAUGCACCCCGAAGAGGCAUCGAAGGCUUACACAGACCUGGGAGAGUAUGAGCCCAUCGGCUGGAAUGAACCUCAUGGAAAGCCUCCGAUGCAUCCCGAGGAGGCUUCCAAGCAGUACUCUGAUCUGAAUACGUACGGACCAGUCGCCUUUGCCAGAGGUGAUGGGCAGCUGCCAGAGAGCACUGUGGCCCCGAUCGCACCCGAGGACAUGGCCAAGCACAAGCCCGUUCAGUAUAACCAGCCGGAGAGUCAACGCCCCAAACCAGACUGGGACCAAACCACGUUCGACGAGGCGAAGAAGUAUCAGUCAUAUCGGUACAACGAGCCGCACGGUCAGCCAAUCCAGACGAUGGAUCCUGUUUCCAAAGGCCUGAGCGACUUUGAUGCUGAAAUCGCUGCCAAAGCGAACAUGCGUCGACUGAAUACAUACGGUACUUCGACCGUGGAAGCGACCGCGACAGAGAAUGAGAGGGCAGACGAUUUGGACCUGCUUCGUGCCAGCGACAUUCGCGCCAAGAUCCCGACCUCUUCGGGCCAGUCUCGCAGGGAAUAUAGCACUACUCACAGACAAGUGCUCGAGGAUGACCUGCCCCGCUAUGAGGUCAAUUGGGAUAUUUCCAGCAAGGCAGCUCGGGUCAGUCUGCGCAAGGCAAGAAGCAAGGUUUGGGACAGCAUCCAGCCCAAGGAAGACCUCACUGGCAACUACGUCAGAGACUUCCCGGAAGACUUCUCAAAGUCAUGGAGCAAGAUCAUCACGGAGAGCCCCAAAGCCGAGGACACGAAGUACCAAAGCCCCAAGGGAGACGAGGUUGAGGCUGCGUCUUUUGACGAGAGCUUCCCGAGGUUGGAGCCAGCGAUGAACCGGGCUUCUGCCUUUAAGCCACGGGAAUCCGGUCAGGGCUCUUUGGACCAGUACUCGACAGAACCUCAAGGUCUCGAGUUGAGUUACACCGAGGAGACCGGGGGCAAGCAGACCUGGCCGGCGUAUGUUCGAUCGUACGGCACUGUGAGCGAGAUGGAGGCCAACACCACGGCGGCAAAGCCCGACUUGAGUGAGCCGGUCUUAUACAAAAUCCUCGCCUACGACCCUACCAUGCAAAGUAUCACCUCGGCUGAGACGACAUCGGUGGUCCCCAACAGCGCCGCCACGCCGCUCAGUCCCGCAGACGUCCUGCCACGUCUGUCAAACCCCACUAAGUUCUUCCCCUAUUUCAGUCCCUUACAGAAGGAAGGAUACGAGAUUGUAUCCGGCAGUGGUGAUGUGCUGGUGUUUCGGAAGGUACGGGAUGCGGAGGUAGACCAGUCAGCCGCCCCGGUCGCGCAAACCCCGAUCAUCGAGAAGCCGACGACGUACCAGGCGCCAAAGGUGAACCCCAUCGACAUGAUGGGGAGCGACCCCGUAGUACCAAGCGCUUACUCUUCCAGUCCUACAGGCUUUCUCAACUAUGAUUACCCAGGAGCGGAGGCGGAGGACAAACCUCCACCGCCUUCCAGCCCGCUGAGGAGACGCAACACAAUAUCUUGCGACAACCAGGAUUUCAGCCGUCGCAAGCCGAAGAGGAGCCGGACCCGACGGGUCAUCCUUGGGGCGGCUUGGUUGGGUGGUGUCUCAUACGCCAUCGGUGUGGUUGGGGAAUAUUUCAAGACGGGAGGCCAGGACGGCCGCGGUCCCAAGGGGCUGUAG